CCGGGGUCGCCGGCGUCGCGGAGAGCAGAGCGCACGCCGGGCCGGCUUUCGCUCGCCAUGAGCCACCUCUUCGGUGCCCGGGUGCCCGCUCUGGCCGCCUCGCCUCUGCUCUAUCUGUACGGUCCCGAGAGACCCGGGCUGCCCCUGGCCUUCGCCCCUGCGGCUGCGCUGGCGGCCUCGGGCCGGGCAGAGCCCCCGCAGAAACCACCUUACAGCUACAUCGCGCUCAUCGCCAUGGCCAUCCAGGACGCGCCCGAGCAGAGGGUCACGCUCAACGGCAUCUACCAGUUCAUCAUGGACCGCUUCCCCUUCUACCACGACAACCGCCAGGGCUGGCAGAACAGCAUCCGCCACAACCUGUCUCUCAACGACUGCUUCGUCAAGGUGCCCCGCGAGAAAGGGCGGCCGGGCAAAGGCAGCUACUGGACGCUGGACCCACGUUGCCUGGACAUGUUCGAGAACGGUAACUACCGGCGGCGGAAGAGGAAGCCCAAGCCGGGCGCCGGGGCCCCGGAGGCCAAGCGGGGCCGCGCAGAGCCGCCCGAGCGCGCUGAUGCCCGGGCGCGACAGGAGGCGGGGAGCACCGCCGGGCGCCUGGGCCCCGCGUCCCCGCGCGCCGAGACAGCCGCCCCGCAGCUCCCGGAGGAGGGUUCGGCUGGGUCCGCGCUCCUCCACUGGUCGGGACCCGAGGCCCGGCGAGAGGACGCGGACGACGACGCCGACGCGGUCCAGGGCGCAGCGGCCGUGGCGGUCGGCCGGCCCGCGAGUUCGGUGGAUGGCUCGGGGUCCCCCCCGCGCCCCGCCUCCCGCAGCUCUCCAAAGAGCUCCGACAAGUCCAAGAGCUUCAGCAUCGACAGCAUCCUGUUCGGGAGGCAGGGCCAGAAGCCAGCCUCAGGGGAUGAGGUCCCAGGGGUCGCCAAGCCCGGCCCCGGAGGGCUAGGCGCCUCUCUCGUGGCCGCAUCCCCCGGCCUCAGGCCGCCAUUCAACGCUUCGCUGAUGCUGGACCCGCACGUCCAGGGCGGUUUUUACCAGCUGGGAAUUCCCUUCCUCUCCUAUUUCCCUCUGCACCUCCCCGAAACCGUGUUCCACUUCCAGUAAAGCCGACCUCUUUGUGGCUCUCGCUCUGUGCCUGGCAAGCCAAGGUUCCCUCCAGCCUGGGAGGGUAGGAGGAGGCACGAGGAUCUCUACCUGGGUCGAUGUGCGAAUUUUGGGCGGUGUUGCCAACCUCCGCGCACAGGUGGGCGCGUCCGUCUUCCUCCUAAGGACACUUAGCCAGCAACAAAGGGCAGCUUUGUCGACCAGCUCCGGAGGGGGACGAGGGCACCCGCUGCCAGCUCAGCGUUCCCUGUCGCCAGACAAUUUUUUGGCUUCAGGGCGGUCUAGAGGCCUGAUCUUCGCUGUCCUACACAGGUCCGGUGUCCUGGGCUUCGGAGGCCUUUGCAAACCACUAGGGCAUGACUUACUCAGAGCCUUAGCCUGUCGGUCCAAGGCGUUGGCUUCCAGCCCAUCUGGGUGGUGGGAGUUGGCAUUUGAGUUUGCCCCACAAGGCCAGUUUCCAGGGACCCAGGAGUCGUCCCUGUGCCUCAACAUCUCGUGGAGAUACAGGCCUAGUUGUCAUGCGCAACUGAGACUAAGAGAACCAACCGACCAAGAGCAGUAGUGACUUUAACUCGAGGAAAGUUCUCUGGGCAGACAGUAAAAGGAACAUGCUCCGUUCUUUGCUGGAGCACUUGGGCUCUCUUGGCUACAAGGAAGAGCAGCUUCUGCUAAGAUGGGAUCUGUGUGAUGUGGCAUCCUGGCGCUUCUUGGUACCUGCGCUCUGCAGCACCUGUAACUCAGAAUGGCCGCUUUCCCAGCUUUUGCUUUUGUUUCAAGGCAUCAAAAAAUUUCAGGGGACUCGGGAGGCUUAAGGAGGGAGGAAAUAGGUCUCAAAAUCAGAUUUUUUUUUUUUUUUAAGAACUGAGUUUGGUUUUUCAGAAUCAUGUAAGGAAGGGCUACAUUUAAUCAGCAAAAUUGGAGGAAGCCAACAAAAGGCAGGUUGAGAGAGACAGAGAGGUGAAAGCCGGAGGUGGGGGUGGUUGUCUGAGAGGAUGGCAGAGCGCACAUCAGCGUUGAUGGACUGUUCUUAGGGACACCCGACCUUCUGCAAACUAGCCAGAAACCUGGCUCUCACUCCAAGUCCUACCCGACAGGCCUGGAUCCUUACAUUAAAUAAACACCAUAAAGAGGUGACUGGAAGUCUGGGUGGGGGUGAUGGUAGCAACAAAGAUCUGAUUAAGAAAAUUGAGAGUUUUCACAUUUUUGGUCCAACUUCAAAAUACACCCAGACUUUUCUGGCACCUCCCUUUGGGCUCUCUGGCCAUGAUUUUUUCAACUGCUAAGGAGCUUUUAUGUGGUAUAUAGGAGGCACAAAUGUCAUGAAUGCUCAGAGGAAGGCUGGGAGGGGGCCUCAAAAUAAUCUUUAAACUAUUUCCCAAGAGCUGGACAUAGUGGCUUAUAUCGAUAGCAUUUGGGAGACUGAGGCAAGAGCAUUGGUAUGAGUUUGAGGUUAGCCUGGGCUACAUCGUGAUUUCAAAAGCAUAGACUGCAGAGUGAGACCCUGUCUCAAACAACCAAACAAAUCAACAAAGAAGCAUUUCCCAGGGCUUAGCAUACAAAUGAUUAAGAACUCUCCAGAAGGCUUGCUGGUCAGGGUGAGAAAUGAUGUUUUAUUGUGAUACUUAUUAAUGAUUUUGUCCCCAGCUGGCUAUCUGAAAAUUCCCUUACGGCCACGCUGACCACAUCCCCAGUGCCAGGAUCAAGGUUAUACCUGGUCUGGUAGAAAGACCAAGGUGAGCCUUCAGUCUUUGAUUGCAAGAACUUUGCUGAGACCGCAAAGGAGUCCAGCACUGUGACUAACUCAAAAUGUAGCGAAUAGGCUAUUAUUGGAUAUUUUGUUAUCCCAAACUCCCAGCCUCUGUGAAUAAAAGUUGUUUUGUUGUUAA